AGCAGCAGCAGCAGGUCAGGGAAGAAGAAUGAAGUGAUUCACAGAGAGAGAGAGAGAGAGAGAGAGAGAGAGAGAGAGAGAGAGAGAGAGUUAACACCUCUGCACUGUUUCCUCUCUCAUCAGUUUUUCUGUUGUUGGCGUCUUGAUCUGAUUUGACUCUCUUGCUCUGUCUGUCUCUCUGUCUAUUUGUCCUUCAUUGGCUCUGUGAUGGACUUCAGGACUGUCAUGACCGUCUCAGCUCUUCUCCUCAUAACUGCUGACAGAAAAACAGCUGUGUCAACCACCAUGAAGACCCCCAACCUCCCCCAGACCACCAGCAACGGCACCAUCCGUCACCACCCUACUACACCAGCAGCCACCACCGCCCCCACCUCAAAACCCAGCACCUCUGCACUCGUCCUGAGCUUCCUCACAGUCAGUUGGACACAUGGAUGUGAUGGAGACGUGAUCCUCUAUCAUCCCUUUAACAUGACCCACCCUGUCUGUUACAGCAGUAAUGUCCGGAGGCUUUUGACAAAGGUGUGUCAGAAUAGGAAAGGUUGUAAAGAUGAUCUGCUCUGCAUCGAAGGUAAAAAUGUGCAGGAUGGUUACCACAUCUUUGAGGAUGGAGCAACAGAGCAGAACAGAACCUGUAACACACUGAGGGUCCACUGCCCCACCAAAGCUAAGGCCAUCCCAGAUGUUAAUGGACAGCUGCAGACCUACAAAGUGGUGGCUGCUUUGCUCUGCUGUGUGCUGCUGAUUCUCUUUCUGAUCCGCUUCACCAGACCCACUGUCAAGGCCCUGCAGAAGAGAUUGUCGGACAGGAGGCAGAACCGCUGGAUUGGACCUACACAGAGUCACAGUGUGUCUUACCACCGAGGGAAAACUAUGGUUAAAGACGAUGAUGGAGAGAAGAGACUGUCCUACCCUGCUCUGGAGCGACUGACAGUCAGUGACAGCAGAGAACCUUCAUCCAACAGGAACAGUGGCUACAACUUCUGAGGUGCAUCAUCGUCAUCGUCAUCGUCAUCAUCAUCAUCGUCAUCAUCAUCAUCAUCAUCAUCAUCAUCAUUCCUGAUUUAAUGACCAAUGCAUUAUUUAAGAUUAUGUGAAAGUGACCAUUCAUAGUAGAAAUUCUGUUAUAACCAAGUCUGACCGUACCACCAUCAAUAAAUGCGAGUGAGCAGUGUUAUCAGUGUUAUCAGUGUUAUCAGUGUUAUCAGUGUUAUCAGUGUUGGCAGUGUUAGCAGUGUUAGCAGUGUUGGCAGUGUUGGCAGUGUUAGCAGUGUUAGCAGUGUUAGCAGUGUUAGCAGUGUUAUUAGUGUUAUCAGUGUUAGCAGUGUUAGCAGUGUUGGCAGUGUUGACAGUGUUAGCAUUGUUGACAUAUUGACAGUGUUAACAGUGUUAUGUCCAAUAUUGCUGUAACUGAACUUGUAUAUUAACACAUUAUAUGAUAUUCUAGUGGCACCUUACAAUGUUUUUAUGGUUUUAGCAGCAGUUAGCAUUUCAAGCUACUUCUUAAAUAACUGCACGGACAGGGCUGCCAACUUUUCAAAAAGCCCUGGAGUGAGAUUUUGUGGGGCAAACCAAAAUUUUGCUGUAUACACGCCAAUUUUUUGUUUGGCCCAUUGCCAUACAGCAAAAAACAUUUACCGCUUACCGUACAUCCGUGGUUCUCAAUGUAUUAGCCUUCGGCCCUACUCAAAGUGUACAAAUGGAACCAAUUGAACCAACAGUCAUUAUGGACUCACCCACAUGCUGUUUAGUUAUCAUGUGUGCUUUUUUCUUCCAAAAACGUCCAUUUAGAGACCCCUGGUGAGCCAGUCCUGCAGCGAAAAUACUUUGAAUGGCCGUCAAUUGCAACCGACACGAAAACGUCCAUAAAACUACACAAAAACUUUGUAAUAUUCCUCCAUACUGCUCGUCCGCGACAAUCCAAGUGUCCUGAAGUGGGAACAUCCGGAGUUUACUAGCAACAACGUCAUUUAGUACAUGUUUAUAGCCGAAAACGGUGGCUAUGGUCAGUAGCCCGGAUGUGUGCAGAGGCAGCUUCUUCAUGGCAUAUCACAGAUAGAUCUAUCUCUAUAGCUCUGGCCCAGACGAAAUUCGGGGGUGUGGCGUGAGAGCAUGUGAAUUGAUUCAAAUGAGUGUGUCUCAUGGCCAAUGCGUGAGAGUUGGCAGCCUUGCAUGCAGCUGUCCAAGUGAGCUGCACCGUGUACAACAGACAGCUCUGGAGAUGUUCGCAGGUGUAUUAGCAGUUUUCCCCUGCUUUUAGUCCUUGUGCUAAGCUAGGCUAACACUCUCAGGAGAUCUCUCUGUACUUGACAAACAGCAAUAAACCUGAGAAGAGCUUUUUAAGAUGAAAUGUUCCUUUAAUCAGAAAAAUUGACUCAUUAACACGUGGUCAAUGGAUGUUUGUUGUGCUGACUCUGUUGUUAUUUUUUACUUUUGUUGUUAACUUUUUAUUUUCGGUAAAAUGAUCUGAGUCAUGUUUGACCUGAUUUGUUGCCUCUAAAGUAGGUGAAUGGAAAAUUUUGGAGAAGACAGAAAGAGCAAGGGCGAGGAGGAAGAGAAGAGAGUGAGAGACGAAGGUGGUAACAAAGCGCAGCAAUGUGGUUUCCUCUGUCGUUGACACCAACUUCCUGUUUGUGUUAUUUCUGUCAUAACCUGUAUAUGUUUCCCCCUCUCUCCCGUUCUCCUUCUCUCUCUCACUUCCUCAUUGUCGUCCUCAUUCUUUUCAUUCAUCUCUUCUGUUAUUUUCUUCCUCCCACUUUCUCUUGUCGUGUGUGUGGUUAUCGUGCUGGCGGUCACUGCCCACAUUAAUUCUCUGUUCAGGGUCAGAUUCAAGCUAAUUUUCUCAUGUCCCGGCUGUUGUUUAUUAGUUGUCCUCCUCAGAUGUAGAACCUGAUCGUUUGGUUUUACACACAACAUCUUUACUGUUUCAGUUCAGUCUCAUGGCUCUCAUCAGCUGUUUCCUGCAACAGCUGUUUUCAGAGAAACAGCUGUAAACACACUGUCCUCUACCUGCUCUGCAGCAGACAGCAGCUGGUGAACAUGGUGGAGCAUUCAGCAGCUAAAGAGACAGAUGUUCCCCUCAGGAGCUGGAGGAGACCAAACACAGAGUCCACAUUCAUCCAGCUUCUCAGAGAAGGAUGUGACAUGCCUGUAAUGCUUAUUUUAUCUCUUUAAACUUUUGGGCCUGGGAGUUGAAACAUUUAUGAUCUUUCUGAAUGCAGGAAAAGACUUUGACUCCUUUGAUCCUUAGGAAACUGCAGAGGAGUCCUGACUUGUUAGGAGCAAAGACCUGCUCACUUCCGAUGGAAGGAGACAAGGUCACUGAUCACUAGAGCUCAAUACACUUUUUUUAUUUGUUUUGGACGGACAUUGGGUGGGAUGUAAAAGAGAGCUCAUGUCUUCCACAUACAGCUUCGUAUUCCCAUAGCCACAGGGAGAAUAUUUGUUUACAACAGUGAUGAUUUGGAUUGUUGCAACUGAGCAUUUCUGCAGUAAUAAAUCAGUUCCUCAAUAACAGAUGAAAAUAGAAUCAAAUACCAUUUAAAACAUAGAUAAAAUAAAAUAAGUCAAUUCAAUAAAGUGACUAAUGACUAAAAAACAUAGGCUACUUCAUUACAGCUUUUUAUUACAAGAUGUGUUGGUGUGUCUCCUGAUGACAUGACACGGAUCGAUUCCCUUUUAAAAUAUUAAUGUCUGGAUCUCACUAAACUUUUUACAGCUCAACAUUACAAAUCUGAAAUUCUACUCAUAAAUCCUAAAGCGCAGAGACAUUACAGUUUUUUUCAGUUGCUAACAAGCAUCGGUCAAACCUCUUCUUACAGUCUGCAUCUCGGCCAGUGAAUCUCUCCUCAAAUGAACAUACACUUAGUAUGUUAUUAGUUACUUAGUAGCUU